AGAAAAUGCGACAGCAGCUGAUGUGCUAUUUAUCAAACGUUGAGGGAAUAUUGCUGCCAAAGAUAGGAACAAUGCAAAACGGGUAUACGGACUCCCCAGGCGUGGGCAGCCCCGCCGUCAUUGUCCACCACCAGCAACAGCCGCCCCCAGCUCCUGCUCCUGGGAGCCCUCCUGCAGGACGGCGAAAGGGCAGUCCGCAUUCGCAUUCAGGCAGCAAAGAAAAGGGCAGCAGUGCUGGGAGCAAUAAGGGCGCUAGAGGUGUACCUCAGAGUUUUGGGUACGUGAAGAGGAAUGGAAAUGGGCACCAGACGGUGGUUGUGAAUGGGGCGGCGAUAGCUAAUGGACAGACCAUCAUGCAAGUAGUUCAGAAUCCGACAACCGGGAAAACACAAGCUGUGUCCGUAGUUCCUAGGACUAAGGUGAAAGUUUCCGGAGGCACGCAAACAUGUUCCAGUGAUCUACAGCAGCCUCACAAAGCCAGCCCUCCAGCAUUCAAAAGCUACAGCCUAACAGGCAACACCGCGAAUCAGCUCAGCCAAUCAGUGCGCGAAAGGUUGAUGAUGGGCAGUCAAAGCCUGCCCAAAGGAGCAGUAGGAGUCGUGCAUCAUGUGGACUAUGGUCCAGUUAUGAGGACGGCAAGACCUAAAGCCAGCGAUGGUUCAUUGUCAGACACGCAGGCCAUUGAAUCAGCUGGAAACCCGUAUGCACCCUGGUUAAGACACAGCAAUACCUAUUCUGUGGCACCCCGUUUGUCAGAAACCGAUAGCAUGGAGUCCCUUACCAGCUUGCCUAGCCACAGAAGCAGUUUGACACAUACUCGUCUGCUCAGGGAUUCACCGUCAAGAUUGAGUCGGAGUAAUAGCAUCAGGUCCACCAAGUCCGAGAAACUGUACCCGUCCAUGCUUCAUAGGAACAAUAGUACUGGUGGUCCAACUUCUGGCAGCAUAUGCGACCCGUCUGAUGUUGAGCCCUACUACUGCGUGCCCAGUGGAGCAGCGCCAUUGAGCCACUGGUCACAACCUACCAGUCCUGCACCUAACGCUUCUGGAAGGUCUUUCCCGUUGUCACCUACGCAUCCUGGAGUGCCGUCAUCGCAAACUGGAAGACAUGGGAUGCCGAAAAAUGAUGAUGUUCAUGGAUCUUCCAUAAGUUUGGUGUCUACGGCAUCCAGUCUCUAUUCCUCAGCCGAAGAGAAGCAAGCCCAUGAAAUAAGAAAACUCAGAAGGGAACUACAAGAAGCUCAGGAAAAAGUACACACUUUGACGUCCCAACUAAGCACCAAUGUGAGUCAUUUUUGUAGUUUCGUAUUUUUUCUUUAAUUAAUUGUGUCUCCCUUAUACGCUUUUAGUUACCUUUCUAUUCUUCGUAAACACAAAUGAUUCUUGAUAGAUGUUUGAACGCAAAACCAAGUGAAACGUGGUUAACUGGUUGAAGGUGUCAGGUUCCUUAAUUUUCAUCGUACAGAAUCACAAGCGGAUGAGUUAUAGGAUGCA